GGAUUUCCAUGUAGCAGUUAGCUGCUGAGGUGCUAAAACUGUAACGUUACUCCAGUUUCAGAAAUAAAUAAAGAGUGUUAGCCUUUAACGUGAGGCGCAUCGAUUGACUUAUUGAAACCCUCUCCACAUGUAUUCCUUUUAAAGGUUUUGAGCUCAACGUGUCGCCAGGGAAGUGUAGCUACAAUUAGAUCAAGAGUGCUAAUGCUAAGAACUUGCUAACUUGUGCUAACGCGUAAACACGCCGCCUCCGCCGAGCUCCAGACACCCACACCCGGGGAAGCGAAUGAGAGACAGCGUGGCGAGAGGACCCUUCUGCUUCUAGGGCUCGAACGGCCGAGAUGAAGAAGUGGACCUGGCGAGAAGGACAGCGACCGCACCGGCGACAGGGGGCUGGUCACCGCCGCGGCUGGCACAGAGACAACCGGCAUUCAUCAACACAGGACGAACAGUGGUAUGGACACAGUGACGCUGGGCCUUCACACAGAGCAUCGCAGAGGGGGUGUGACAACCAGUCUGCCUCUUCUUCUUCUUCUUCUUCCUCAUCUCCCUCAUCCUCAUCCUCCUCCUCGUCCUCCAAGGCCAGCAGUGCUGCCCCAGAGCUGCCUGGCUUCUACUUCGACCCGGAGAAGAACCGCUACUUCCGUCUGUUGCCGGGACAUAACAACUGCAACCCGCUGACCAGGGAGCAGUUGCAAGAGAAAGAAAGGGAGAAACAGAGAAACAAGAUGCUGGCGGAGGAUGAAAAGCCCAGAAAAAAAGCACCAAGAACAGGACUGAACACGUCACUGCUCCUGCAGAAAAGACACCUCGGCCUGUUACCUGAGAAUUCCUACUGCAGGUUGAUCCACGAGGUGAAGGUCAGUGGAAUGAGACGCCACAAAGUGGAGAUCCAGAGCUCUGACAGCAACAGCAACCCCAAUACUGACAACUUCAGACUCAUAGUGGGAGACUCGGCGUGUGAGCGAGUGUUCACGGUCAACGAUGUCUCUCACGGAGGCUGCAAGUACGGCAUCAUGAACUUCAGCAGCAGCAGCCGUGGCUCUCUGUCUGUGGAGAUGUGUGACAACCUCUACUUCACCAAUCGCAAGGUGAAUUCGAUCUGCUGGGCCUCGGUGAACUACCCAGACUCCCACGUCUUGCUGUGUCUGGUUGGAAUGGCAGACACUCCCGGCUGUGUCAGUCUGCUUCCUGCUUCCCUCUUCAGCAACUCCAACCCAGACCAGCCCGGGAUGCUCUGUAGCUUUAAGAUAUCCUCAGCCUGGUCUUGUGCUUGGUGUCUCAACCCACAGUUUGACAAGACCUUCAGCACUGGCCUGUCUCGUAGGGUGAUCAUAAAAGAUGCAGAGACGGGACGGACACAGACGUACAGCGCUGGCAGCGAUGUCCUGGCCCAGCAGUUUGCCCUGAGGGUCCCCGUGCUGUUUAACGGUUGUCGAUCGGGGGAGAUCUUCAGCAUCGACCUGCGGCAGCGCGGCCGCAGGGAUCAAAGCUGGAAGGCUAGCCGCUUCCACCAGGAAUCAGCCAUCACAUCCGUCCGUGUCCUGCAGGACGAGAAUUACCUGCUGGCUGCCGACAUGCUGGGCCAGAUCAAGCUGUGGGAUGUGCGGGUGACGAAACCAGUGCAGGAGUAUAAAGGGCACCAUAAUGAGCAUGCCUACCUUCCUAUUCAUGUCAAUGAACCCGAGGGCCUUUUGUUGGCAGUGGGUCAGGAUUGCUACACAAGGUUAUGGAGCCUAAAGGACGGCCACCUACUGCGGACCAUCCCAUCACCCCACCCCACUGCAAACGACCUGAUCCCAAGCGUGGUCUUCUCCUCGCAGCUGGGUGGCUGCAGGGGGCUCCCCGGCCUGCUCAUGGCCGUCAAACACGACCUGUACUACUUCCCGUACAACACCGACUACCAGGAGGGAGGAGAGCAGCAUGCCAAAUUUUAUGAAAACAUUGAAAAUGCUUCCUCUCACAGGUGAUUUCUUAAAAAAAAAAAUUUUAAAACAUGGACAUCCAGUUAAUUUUUUGCCAAAUGCUGUAUUCAUAUACAAAAAUCUAUACUUGGGAAACUGAAAGGCGUGUACAGUAUGCAGUGCAUUGCCACAAGGUUAUACUGACCCUUUUGUUUUGGCAGAUGACCUCAGAAAAGUUUGUCUCAGGGGAAUGUUAUCUUUCAGUCUUGUUUGUGCCAAAAGGAAGUAGAAGAGCACACGAUUACUGCCGUUCUGGUAACCUCUUUCAAAGAAGUGUACUUACUUAAGACAUGACUGUAAUUUGGAUGUUUCUGAUCUGAAUUUGAAAAAAAUUAUACCGUGUUCAUACUUUAUAUUGACACAACUUUUUCAAAUUGUCGUCAAAAAAUAAACAACACUGUACAUUGUUAAACACAA